ACGUGCACGUCGUCGUCGCCAGACAAUUAAUAAUUGCUUUCACGAUGAGACUGCAUUUGGUGGCCCUGAUCCUUGGUUUGUGUCUCACGGAAUUGGCCCAUUCGCAGGGCACCAAGUACGGAUUGUGGACUCCGGAUCGGGCCUACUCCGAUUCGCAGCCCAUCCAGUGGACGGGUGGUCAGUUUGAGUUCCCCUGCGCCAGCACCAAGUCGCUGUUCAAGAGUUCCGGAAAGUUUAUACCCAAGAAUGUGAUUGCCACGAGGGCCCAGCUCAUCGGGGAUACCAUCUAUUUAGCACUGCCGCGUUAUAGGAAGGGAGUUCCGGCCACUUUGGUCAAGACCAAUGUGAAACCGGGCACCUGUGCCACCACCUUUAAGCCCUAUCCCUGCUGGGAUCUCCAGGAGGAGGGCAACUGCAAAGCGCUGCAGUCGGUGGUGGAUCUGGUGGUGGAUCAGAACGAGGUGCUCUGGGUCCUCGACACGGGCAUUGUGAACACAUUGGAGACCCCGGUGCGCAAGUGUCCGCCCAAAGUGGUGGCCAUGUCGGUGAAGACCGGCAAGGUGUUGAAAACAGUCUCCCUCGAGGGCCUCACUUCCAGCAGCUCUCGUCUGCAAUACCUGGUGGUGGACUAUGCCCCGGAUGGCGGUUGCUUUGUGUACGUCAGCGAUGCCGCCAAUCGAGCCAUCAUAGUGUACAACCUGCAGGCGGAUCGGGGAUUCAGGGUGGUGCUGCCCAAGGCCGUCACCGCAGGCUGUCGCUCGAGGGAUGUCCUCUACAUAGCUCUCAUCCGCCGGGACUGCGGCUCCACGGAGCUGUACUUCACCUACCUGAGCACCAGCAAGCUUUUCUCCCUCAAAACGGAGUAUCUGCGCAGUGGAGUGGCCGAUGGACGCAUUCUGGAUCUCGGCAAGAAGCCCAGUCGCAUGGUCAUCAUUGGCACGGACAAUGGCUCGGCGAUUUUCUUCCGCAACGAGGGCGAUGCGGAGGUGUACCGAUGGGACACCAACUCCACGUUCGCCGAGGCCAACUUUAAGCCUGUUUACCGCAGUCAGACCUGCCAGCUGGUGACCCAUGCGGUGCCCGAUUACAAGCGGAACACGAUGCGAGUGCUGCAGAGCAAUUUCCCCGAUUACAUGCAGAAUCGCGUUGGCUGCGGGGCCAUCCAGCAGUUGGGUCUCAUGCAGGGCUGCUGGUAACUCAGUCAGUCGCCACUUUCCGACCCACCCACUUCCAUCCCCAUCAAGUCCAGUAUCCAGCCCGAAAAAAACUGAAAAUGAAACUGCAACU